AUGGCGGCGCCAGCAUCUGCGGCCGACACGGGAAUCAUUUCGCUGCGAGAAUUGAUCGAUUUCAUCGCUCAUGUCGCCGACUGCUACCCCGAAAUCACCAAGGACUUCCCUCAAGAGCUCAUCGACAUCUUGUCGCAACAUCAUCAGGUGUUGGAACCUGAACUGCGCGAGAAGAUUGUCGGAAGCCUGGUCCUUUUGAGGAAGAAGGAUCUUCUUGACUCAGCGACAUUGCUACAAACGCUAUUCCCAAUUCUCAUCUCGACACCUAGCAAAACGCUACGAGCAUUGAUCUUCCAAAAGAUUCUGAUGGACCUUCGCUCAUCUAAUUCCAAAACGAUAAACCACAAGCUCAACCGCACCAUGCAAACAGUCCUCUUUAACUUGGUGACUUCGGAUCGAACCUCAUCCAAGGGCUUGUGGGCCAUUAAACUCACCCGUGAACUCUGGAAGCGCCAGAUCUGGACCGACGCCAAGGCUGUUGAAGUUAUGAAAGAGGCCAGUCUUUCUGAGAACGAAAAGGUCAUCAUUGGCGGUGUUCGCUUCUUCCUGGGCGGCGACAAAGAGCGCGAAGACAUGGAAGAUGAGAGCAGUGAUGACGAAGCCGUUGAUAUCGGUCGGGUGAAACAUCAGGUCGGAAUCAACAAGAAGACGAGAAAACAGUCUCGCGCCGUGGAAAAGGCGAAAGCUACGGUGAAGAGAAAGGAGCGUAAGAAGAACCAGCCUCAUCCUUUGAACUUCUCCGCCCUUCACCUUCUGCACGAUCCUCAGGGCUACGCGGAGACCUUGUUUUCGAAACAUCUGCAGAACACCAAAGCGAAACUGAAUUUGGAGCAGAAACUCCAGGUGCUUCAGCUUGUUUCCCGGCUGGUUGGAUUGCAUAAACUACAUAUCAUGCAUCUUUACUCCUACUUCCAGAAAUACCUUACCCCUCGGCAGCCGUCCGUCACAUCGUUUUUGGCAUCGCUUGCGCAGGCUUCGCACGACCUGAUCCCCCCCGAUGAUCUUGAGCCUCUCGUCCAGAAGAUUGCCAAUGAAUUCGUGUCUGAGGCGUCGGCAUCGGAAGUGGCCACGGCUGGUCUCAACGCCAUUCGAGAAAUAUGUGCGCGGCAGCCUUUGGCCAUGAACGAGACGUUGCUGCAGGAUCUCGUCAUGUACAGGAAGAGUAAGGACAAGGGUGUCGUUAUGGGAGCCCGUGGCUUGCUUAGUCUCUACCGGGAUCUGAACCCUGAGAUGCUGAAGAGACGUGACCGCGGAAAGGAGGCAUCCAUGGGUCUACGAUCUGGAGAGAAGAAGGAGAAACGAUUUGGAGAGCAGGAGACCGGCGGUAUCGAAGGUAUCGAGCUCCUGGAGAACUGGAAGGAGCAGGAGCGCAAGAAGCGACUGGCCGAGAAAGGCCUGCCUUCUGACGCGGAAGAGGAUGAGGAGGAAGAUGAAGAAGCAAACUGGGCAGCUUGGAAUGUGGAGGACGAUGAGGAUAGUGACGAUUCUGGGGAAUGGAUCAAUGUGCAGAGCGAUGCUGAAAUUGAGCUGAGCGACUCUGAAGACGAGAAAGGCGGUCCUCCUUCCAAGAAGGCUAAGCAGGGCAACGAGUCUGGCGAGAAGACCAACUCUGACGCCGCGGAGAGCAAGCCGGAGCCAUCCAAACCGAGUAUCGCGACAACCCGUAUUCUUACGCCAGCCGACUUGGCCAAACUUCAAGAGCUUCGCACCGAAGCGGCGGUCAAUGACCUUGUGUCUGGUGGCAAGUCUCGUCGUGGGCAACAGUCGAACGGUACCCGUCAUACAGACGACCCCUUGACCGCAGAGGAAAUUGAAGGACUGAAUGCCUUAUCCGCCGGGAAACUCACCCGUGAAGAACGAAUUGCUCAUGCUAAGGAGGGCAAGACUGACCGAGCUGACCACAAGAGCGUGACGGCGAAGCGCAAGGAGCGCAAGGAAUCCGAGGGCAAGAGUACUACGAACAAAGAAAAGGCGCGCAGGAAGAACUUCCUGAUGACCUUGGGUAAAGCACGGAGCAAGGGCAAGAGAAGUCUGGUGGAAACACGUAAUGUGUUGCGGGCUCAUCAAGACCGACAGAAACGCGGUGGUCGGAGAGGAAACGCUGGUAAUUAA